GGGAUGAGAGGAGAAGGCAGAGAAACGGGUACAAUCUGGGAAUUCUAUAUUGGCCAUCAACGACAAAUAGUGAUAAACCAUGUAAAACAUCUUGAAAAAUUCAAUAAGGCAACUCCAAAAUUUUUUGAGCGAGUGGAAAAUCCUUCACUUGAAGAAUUGGGAGCUACAAAAGGAUUAUUGUUUAAUAGUGAUUAUACUUUAUGGCAUCGAAAUCGGAAAUUCGUAGUUCCUAUAUUUACGUCUCCAAAAUUCCUACGAGGAUUCGUCAUCAGCGUUCAAAAAUUAUUCAAAGAAUCUGAACAUAGAUGGAAUUCAAUUAUUAAAGAUGGUUUAGUUCUGGAUUUUAGUUUAUGGAUAAAAUGCUUUACUACAGACAUGAUGAUUCAUCAAAUCACAAAACAACAUUCGCAUAGUUUGGCAUCAUUUGACACAAAUAAAGAAAUAGUUGAUGUUAAAUGUAUGACUGAUACUGCAAUCAAUAUUAUCGAGAAAAGGAAAAAAGAACUUGAUAAUGGUGUAGAAAUAGAAUCGGAUCUUUUAGAUCAUCUAUUGACAUCUCAUACACCAAGGGAUCCUGGAUACAAAAAAGAUGAUAAAACAGCUCCAUUGAAUACUCAUGAAGUUAAAGCUAUUUUAUGGGACAUUCUUUUGGCUGGUAUUGAUACGGUAAACUUUCAACAAUCUUCUUUUUAUAUUUUUGGAUCUGAUCCAAACAUUGAAUUCACUCUUGAAAAACUCGAAGAAUGUCGUUAUAUUGAUGCAUUGAUUAAAGAAUCAUUGCGUCAUGUUACACCAAUUCCAUACUCAUUGAAAGUUUUGAAUGGUGAAGAAAAUGUUGCUGGGUAUAAUUGGCCAAGUAAAACUAUUUUUUGGAUUGAUCAACAAACUAUUUUAAAUAAUCCUGAUUACUGGUCCGAUCCUGAUUCUUUUAAUCCUGAUAGAUUUUUAA